AUGAAGAGCGAAUCUAUUGUGGUUGUUGGGGCGGGUGCCAAUUUCUCUGCUAUUUCUGCAAGUGAUGAAAAUUCUCUACGAUGGGAUAAGCUGGGAUAUGCGUAUCUUCUCGAUCUUGCAGCAAAGGAUGGCAAAAAUGCAUUUGUGAAGGAAACUCCUUCAACCGAGUAUUGGGAUGAGAUGCCAUCUCUUGCAAAGAUCAACUCAAUGGCCACAUACCUAAAAAAUUUCAAAGAAAUACCCGCAGCAGCUCUGCCAAGUGGUGUUGCGUAUGGUAUAGUAUUCACGACAAUAACAAUCAACGCGCCUAUGCACAUCCAGUACCUGCGUCGGAAACUUACCGAGGAAUAUGGAGUUCAAUUCAUACGCAGAACAGUCUCCAAGAUUUCAUCGGGCUUUCUGAGUGAGAAUACAAAGGUGGUGUUCAACUGCACCGGUAAUGCAUCGCGAGACCUGAGCGAAGUCCGGGACUCCAAAUGCUAUCCCACCCGAGGUCAAAUUCUGCUUGCAAAGGCCUCGCAUGUUCAACAAAAUGUCAUGAGGCAUGGAAAGGAGUACGAAACUUACGUGAUCCCACGGCCGUAUUCGAACGGCAAUGUGAUUCUUGGUGGUUUCAUGCAAAAAGGUGUCAGUACCGCGGACACGUUCGGCUACGAGACAGAGUCAAUAUUGUCUCGAACGAAGGCUAUGCUUCCUGAACUAGCCUCAAAAGAGACUCAAAUAAUGACUGCACUUUCUGGCCUACGCCCAUCUCGCGAGGGAGGAGCGCGUGUUUCCAAAGAGAUGGUCCAAAUUGAUGAAAGAGGUCGGCAGGGCACCCUAGUUCACAACUAUGGUGCUGGUGGAACAGGAUUCCAGGCUGGAUAUGGCAUGGCGAUCGAAGCCGUUAGCACUGUGACAGCAGAGCUUUCAGCGAUUGAUAUGCGAGCUAUUCUUUAG